AUUCGCUACGAGGAUAUACUGAAUCACCACCACCAAUAUGACAGAUACGAAGUCUGUGGGGGUCGAAGCAUUUCGUAUUUUAAGUUCACGACGACUAAGUGAGCUUUGAACCAAUUACUGACACUACGAGUUUAACUUUUGUAACGACGUAAACUCCUCCAUACUAGUGAAACGGCUCGUUUUCGAGCUUUUCUUACUGAGACAAUUGUCUCUUUACACGCCGUAAUAGACGAUUUCCAAGUUAUAUUUGUAGGGCCGUCAUUUUCGGAGCUCACGAAUAAGACUUUUUCUUUUUGGUAGAAUGAGCAGACUCAUUACGAAAACUGGAGAGCUGUACGACUAUUUUUCCUCCCGUUUGUCGAAUAGAAGCUCAAAACGGUUUUGGGAAGGCGGUAGCGAUUUGGAGGCAUCAAGGCCAUUUCUAAGUCCUGGUGUAGGGAAUUCACUGCCAGAAUGUUCAUUAACAAACCAAUUGCCUCCUCUUUCACGAACUGUUACUAUUGCCGAAAAUGAGCAUGAAGUAUCGGGAGAGAAACUAGGCACUUUUGAGGGCUGCUUCGUCCCUACAACACUAAAUGUAAUGUCUGUGCUGCUUUAUAUUAGAUUCCCCUGGAUUGUGGGUGAAACCGGACUGCGGAAUACUUUGCUGAUGCUUGUUCUCAGUUAUUCCAUUGGCCUUCUUACCACUCUAUCCAUUUCUGCGAUUUGUACGAAUGGCAUGGUGCGUGGAGGUGGUCCUUACUAUGCAGUCUCACGAUCUAUUGGACCAGAAAUGGGUGGUUCGGUGGGCUUGAUAUUUUUUCUCGGACAGGUUUUGAAUACAGGUAUGAAUGUGUCGGGUUUCAUGGAGACUGUCAUACGUAUUUUUGGUAAAUCUACCGGAGACAGUUUGCAUCUUCUGCCCGAUUCACCUGUGUGGGUACUUUUGUUCUCGUCUUUAGUUCUCUUGUUAUGUACGGUUUUUUGCUGUUUUGGCUCAUCACCUUUUGCACGGGCUUCUAAUUCAUUUUUGGUGCUAAUCCUUUUAACAACCUUAACUAUUCCUCUGUCCGCCAUAAUCAAGAGGCCUUUCUCUAUUCCAGAAUCACAUCUCUCUUUUACCGGUAUCCGUUGGUCAACUCUUUUAGACAAUUGGAAGUCCUCGUACACUUUUGAUUCUUCCGGUAAAAGUCUUGAAUCAUUUCGAUCCGUUUUUGGCGUUUUCUUUCCAGCAACAGCUGGUUUAUUAGCUGGAGCUGGAAUGUCUGGCGACCUGCGAAACCCCUCUCGCUCUAUUCCUGUGGGAACUCUCGCGUCAUUAGUGACUACUGUGGUGAUUUACUUUCUUGUAAUAGUUGUCUUGGCGAGUUCACUUUCACGUUACAGCUUACUUUUCGAUUUGCAGAUUCUGCAAGAUGUAAAUAUUCAUCCUGCAUUUGUCAUUAUCGCCAUUCUGAGUAGCUCUCUUUACAGUUCACUCGUAGGUAUUUUUGGAACAGCAAAGCUUUUGCAGGCCAUCGCAAGAGAUAACAUACUUCCUUGUUUAAAAUUUUUUGCUGGCGGAACAGCGAUGCAGGACAUUCCUUUGCCUGCUAUUCUUUUAACAUAUAUCUUUACGCAAGUUACACUUUUUUGGGACAUUGAUAAACUUUCUUCUAUGAUUACUAUGACUUUUCUUUUAACUUUUGGUAUCAUUAACUUGGCUUGUUUUCUUUUGCGUAUCGGAAGCACUCCGAAUUUUCGUCCAACAUUUCGUUUCUUUAAUCGUUAUACGACGCUUCUGGGCUGUAUCUUAUCCUUCGGAAUUAUGUUUUAUGUUGAUGGUAAAAACGCGUUCAUCUCCUUUCUGGUUGCCGCUUUUCUGUUUGUCAUCAUUAACAUUACUUCUCCUCCGAAAAAUUGGGGUGAUGUUUCUGAAGGCAUCAUUUACCAUCAGUUGCGAAAGUACUUACUUCAAACAAAUAACACUUUUGAAAAUGUAAAAUUUUGGCGCCCACAGGUUUUACUUCUUGUUAAUAACCCGACCCGUUCUUACAACAUAAUACGGUUCUUCAACUCAUUAAAGAAGGGUUCUCUUUAUAUGCUUGGACAUGUCAUCGUUUCCAAGGAUUUUCAAUCCAGCAUGCACGAAUUAGAGAAGCAACAACGCGUAUGGCACGAAUUUAUUUUGAGUGAGAAAAUAAAGGCAUUUGUCGAGCUUUGUGUUGCCCCAGAUGAAGUUUGGGGCAUUCGGACACUGAUAUCCUCGGCUGGUCUAGGGGGUAUUCGUCCCAACAUAGCUGUUCUAACGUUCAUAAAUACGGACUAUAAAAAUCACACAGCGACCGAUUCUCUUCCGAAGGUUUCAGAAGUUAAUGAAGGUGUACCCCCAUCUCCAGAAGGAGUGCCCUCUCUUGCGGGCACGGAUGACCUCGCUGACCAUGCUAUUUCGCCUACUCAAUGGGUCCAGAUUUUGGAAGAUAUGCUUGUUGGAACAUUAGACGUAAUGGUAACCUAUGGAUUUUCCCAGCUGCAUUGGCCUGUCGUAAACAGCGAAAAAAAGUACAUCGACAUGUUUCCUAUUCAUAUGGUAUCGAAUCCCACUCUUUCCAGUAGUGGAAGACAGAAUGUUCUGCUUACGAAUGUCGAAACAUAUGUUAUGGUCUGUCAACUUGGAUGGAUUCUACAUACCGCGCGCGAUUGGAAAGAGAAUUGCUGUUUACGGACUUUUGUGCUUGUUGAAAACGAGUAUGAUAUAAAAUCCGAGUUUGAGAAAAUCUCAAACAUUUUACUCUCGCUUCGUAUCAAGGCGGAAAUUGUGGUUUUAUGUUUGAAAUCCUGUGAUCUUGUAUCUUACAAAUACAUUGUUGAGAAUAAGCCAGUCUCUGCCAGCGAUAAGAAAUCGAUAGAGAAUCGUUUAAAAAAUGAUCCUUGGUGGAUUAAGUUAAACAGACAACGCUCCUCUAAACGUGUACCGCACAUAUCUCGUCCAACUUCUACUCAAGUAAGUUCUCCUACUCAUGAGAGUCUUGAUUUGCAACACCUGACUUCGCCUUUGAGAGCAAGUCUCUUCAUUCGUUUAGGCACAGCUUAUCCAUUUAUGAGUGCGCAUAGUUUCUCUCAGCCAUUUUAUAACUCGACCGCUGAAACACCUCGAAGAACUCAUGAACGUUCAGCCACAACCGCUUUCGGUCACAGUAACAUUCAAGAAGGUUUUUCCUUUGGGGAACAACAAGUUGAGUCACCCAAAGAAGAGUUAGAUGAGCAAAGUUUGUUUGACGUUAAUGAGCACCUGGUGUUUAGCGAUCUAUCCGCUCGUGCUCAGUACAUCAUCUUAAAUGAGCUUCUUUUGAGACACACUCGCCAAACUGCUGUUCUGUUCACCAGUUUGCCGACCCCUAUUGCAGGUACACAUAAAAGUCCUCAAUUGUCCGAUAAUUAUGUUGAUGAGCUUUUAACCCUCCUUGAGGGCUUGCCUCCAUGUGCAAUGGUACAGUCCAAACGUCUUACUGUGACUACAGCCCUCUAAUCAUUCCUUUAACCUUUCAGUGCCGCCUUAAUAUCUAGAGUAUAAUUUAUUAGCACAAAUGUCAUUUUUAAUUAAUCAUCAUUUUGAGGUAGCGACCCAUUUCGGAGGAGAAUUUGUUGGAGUUUCUCUUUGU